CUUGGCCCCUCUAUUUGGCCACAGAACUGCUCUCCCGCCUGUUAUGCUCCGCGGUCGACGCCUGCUAUCGCCAUAGGAGACUGAAUAGCCAAGAUCGCUCCAUUGUGUUUUGGUUAACUUGUAUAUCAUGGCAGAUCUAGUGAAACUAUUGACACUUCCCCUUCUGUUGGCAACAAUCAUCAUUACGUCAUCAAUCCGUGACGUCACUUCCGCGGCGGUCGACCGACGCUUUGCGGAACUCCCCUCCGAAGGUUCCGCCGGCCCGGUUCGACCUUCGGAUCCGCACUCUCACCUUCUCGCGCCCUUCCGCCCCUCCGUCGACCACGCCCGCAGGAGGAGACUGGCGGGUCCUCUCCCCAAGACGGACGCGAGACGGGACCCUCUCGCGGCGUCGUCUUCGUCAAGUAGCAAGGGUUCCAGGCGGUAUUUCCGCCAUCGCCGCCCUGGUCUCUUUUUCUGAACGGGGUCGGCUUGUGGGUUGUGAGGUUGGGAGG